CAUGCAUGAGUUCAGGCUUGAGAAUCCUCUUACUCUCCCAAAAGAGGACUGGGUGUUGUGUAGGGUAUUCAAGAAGAAGAAGGGAGAUGAGUCACAUGCAAGUACUAGUGCUGAUGAGCAGGCCAUGCAAGAGUAUAAUAAUAAUAAUAUUAGUGAGAAGAUGAGCACAUCAUUGAUAUAUAUUCCUGAUGAGCAAGAGGAGGACAUGUACAACAAGGAAAGCAGCUCAAACUCCAUCCUUAAUCUGGCAAUGUUUCAGUGCUGCCAUUUCCUUGAUGAAGUGGACUAUUCUACUUCCAUUGGGAUGAGAAUGAUAAACUCUAGGACUGAUCAUGGUGAUGAUGUUGAUGAUUAUGGCCUUCUCUUGGAUGUGGGCCUGAUAAACAACAGUAUUGGGAUGUGAGUUAUCAGUGAAUCCGAGGAGAAG